AUGGGAAUUCUAGGCCUCUCCAAGUUAAUUGCCGAUGUCUGUCCGCAAGCCAUCAAGGAGAGUGACAUCAAAAAUUACUUUGGCCGAAAGGUAGCCAUUGACGCCUCUAUGUGUCUGUAUCAGUUCCUGAUUGCUGUACGUGCCGAGGGUGCCCAGCUAACAUCUGUCGAUGGUGAAACGACAUCCCAUUUAAUGGGCAUGUUCUAUCGUACCAUACGUUUGCUCGACAAUGGUAUUAAACCGGUUUAUGUUUUUGAUGGAAAACCACCAGAUCUGAAAUCGGGUGAAUUGGCCAAACGUGCUGAGAGGCGUGAGGAGGCCCAGAAAGCUUUGCAGGCUGCCACCGAAGCUGGUAAUGAGGCGGAUAUGGAUAAAUUCAAUAGGCGUUUGGUGCGUGUAACCAAAGAUCACGCAAAUGAAGCUAAAGAACUGCUGAAGUUAAUGGGGGUGCCAUAUGUUGAGGCACCCUGCGAAGCUGAGGCACAAUGUGCCGCCUUGGUUAAGGCGGGAAAAGUGUAUGCUACAGCCACGGAGGAUAUGGAUGCUUUGACAUUCGGUUCCACAGUACUUUUACGUCAUUUGACAUUUAGUGAGGCCAGAAAAAUGCCGGUCAAGGAAUUCCAUUAUAGUAAAAUAUUGGAAGGAUUUGGUUUGACUAGCAAGGAAUUUAUUGAUUUGUGUAUAUUGUUGGGAUGCGAUUAUUCGGAUAGUAUUAAAGGUAUUGGCCCAAAGCGGGCUGUCGAAUUAAUUGAUAGCUAUCGCGAUAUUGAAACUAUUCUGGAAAAUAUUGAUCGCCAAAAGUAUACUGUGCCGGAGGAUUGGAAUUAUCAAGUGGCCAGGGAAUUGUUUAUUAAUCCUGAAGUUGCCGAUCCAGCUGAAAUUGAGCUUAAAUGGACCGAACCCGAUGAGGAGGGCCUUGUAAAAUAUUUAUGCGGUGAUCGCCAAUUCAAUGAAGAUCGUGUUCGUUCAGGUGCCAAGAAAAUCCUCAAGUCAAAACAAUCACAAACCCAAGGUCGUUUGGAUAGUUUCUUUAAGGUCUUACCAUCGACGGGCGGAACACCUAAACGCAAAGCUGUCGAUGACAAGAAGACGGCUCAACAGAAAAAGGCCAAAGGUGCUGCUGGUGGAGCAAAAGGUGGCAGACGUCCUCGAUAA